AUGCCCAACAUAUUGACCAAGUUAGCCCCAAAAGUGAGUUUCGUCGAGUCGAUACCCGUCGAGUUUCGGAACAAGCGCUACGGCACGGCCCGAAAAAACUCGGGCCUCACCAAUGAGAUGCUCGUCUCGUUUGAGAUCCGGGCUCUCGUGGCGGACAAGUGUUACCGCAAUCCUCACCAUUCAAACGCGUUGUCCGACACUAACCUACAACUGACCGAAGCGUUCGGUCGACCGCUGGAGGACGGCAUUGAUUUGACCGGUUUUGACGACGAGUGGCAGAAAAAAUACCUGUUGGGUGAGAGCGACGGCACCACCGGUUAUGACGUAUUGCUCAUAAAAUCAGUGAAACUCAUGAAACAUAUGCUAAACGACGAUCAGUACGUGCGACACGUUUUGGUAACAGUGCGAUGGUUUGACUCAUACCUGACCGUCAAUUUGGCCAAAUACGAUGACAAACUUUUCACUUAUGAACAAUAUUGGGAACUUAGAGACCAGGACUCGGCCGCCGAUAUUAGUGGCAUAAUGAUGGAGAGGGUGAACAACUUGGACGUGAUGUCGCACAUCGGGCUGACUGACGACCCGAUACGGGUUGCCCUCAUGAAGGCCGCCGGAAAGCACUGCGUAUUAACCAAUGAGGUGUAUUGA